AUGGGGAUUUCAUUCAGUAAAAAGUCCGUGAGACAGGCUAUCCUGGAACUGGAGCAGCAAAUUGAGGAGCAAGAGAAGGAAAUUAGAGCCAUCAGAAGGACCAAAGAGUCAGCAGGUGACUUAUUCUUCAAGUCUCUUUCUGCGAUACUCAUUGGGGCCAUUUCUAUCCUGUGGGUGUGCAAAGAAAGUAUCUCAUAUAUUUAUACACUCAAGAUCAUGGGGGCAUUUUUUUUGCUUGGUACAAUAGUGGCACUGCUUUUCUAUAUUUUCCAACGAGUCUACGCAUACCGCCUAAAGAAAAAGACAGUUAAGCUAGAACACUUAAAAGAAAGACAAAAGAGAAAUAUUGAGAACUUGAAAAAAGAGACAAAGUAUGAUGAAACCCACGGUAUUAUAAAAAGGUACACAAAGCAUACUCUCCCAGAGGAAGAUGAGACUGUAAAACCUGAUGAAACAGUUGUGGAUAGACUUGCUAGAUUAAUAUAA